AUGGAAAAGAUGGAAACAAACUAUGAAUCUAUAUAUCAUGUAUAUGGAUGUUGCCCAAGUGACAAAAGUGAAAAAGAAAAAUGUAAAGCUCUUCUAUAUGUAAUAGGUCAGGAGGGAAGAGAAAUCUACAACACGUUUGCAUUCGCUGCAGGUGAUGUAGACAAAUUGGAUGUUUUAAUCAGAAAAUUUGAAGAUUUCUGCAUCCCCAAAACAAACAUAACGGUUGCGAGACAUAGAUUCAACACAAGGGUACAAGGACCAAGUAAACGCAUCGACCAGUACAUCACGGAAUUGAAAUUGAUUGCAAAAGACUGUAGCUUUGAAAACCUGGAAGAUGGCCUAAUUAGAGACAGAAUUGUCUGUGGAGCAUUUUCAUCUAGAGUGAAGGAACGACUUUUACGUGAGGACAACCUCAGUCUUGAGAAAGCUGUGAGUUUGUGUCGAGCAGAUGAAGAGUGUAGAAAACAAAUCAAAACAAUCAAUGAGGAGGAAAAAGUCCAUGCUCUCAAAAAGACAUUUGUGAAACAAAGAAACCCUGACAGCAGACAAAGAGGAACUCCAAAAAAAACAAGUCAAGAAAUGUUCAACUGUGGAAGAUGCCGAAAGAAACAUGAAAAAGGAAAUUUUCCAGCGUACGGAAAAACUUGUUACAAGUGCAAGAAAUCCAAUCACUUCCAAAAAAUUUGUAAAUCGAAAGGAUUCACGAAAAGGAGAGUGUAUAAUUUGCAAGAAGGAUCAAGUGAUUCUGAAUGUGAGGAUUACAACUACUUUGUUGGAGCGGUCAACAAGAAAACUGAAAUAUCUGAUAAUUCAUCCUUUACCAGUUUCAAAGUUCAAGGUAAGACAAUUAAGUUCAAAAUUCACACUGGAUCCAAAGUUAAUAUGCUUCCAAACUCAAUCUUCCAAAAGCUGAAUGAUGUCAAACUCACAAGAACAAAUGCAAUGUUAACGAGCUUCUCAGGAGACAAACUCAAGGUGUUAGGAAAAUGUCAACUUCAUCUACAAAACAAGGAACUUGAAUUCUUUGUGACAGAAACAGACCAGUUCCCACUGUUAGGAUUUAAAGCCUUAAAUGAAGCGGGACUUAUUCAUGAUGUCAUGAACGUUCAAUCCGAAUUGGACAAUCCAAUCAAAGCAUUUCCGAAAGUAUUUUCCGGACUAGGGUCUCUGAAAAAACCCUAUCACAUUAAACUGGACGAGUCGACAACUCCGGUCAUUCAUCCUUCAAGAAACCUAGAGCUUUGCGCGAUAGAUUGA